AGCAAAGUGGGUCGCACCUUGUCUUCCGUGGCUCCACAUCGACAACACAGAGCGGAGAGAAGCAGAAUCCAGACGAUGAAAACAGCCAAAACAGUACCUGCAAAUUUUGAGAUAUGGGAUGCAGAGUAGCGGGUCCGGAUCAACGGAACUCUGGAGCUGAACGUAACUGAUCGGCAGCGAUGCAAAGUCUUAAGGAUUUCCUCGAGGCCUCGUUGCUGCGGAGGCCAACUCGUGGCCGACGCUCCUCUUAGCGAUAAUAAUCUCAAAAUCUGCCGGCCCGAGGAGCACCGGCCAACCAUGCUCGAGCAUAAGCAGACUAUCCUCUUGCCCCCUGCCCUGAGCAACAGCAGCUGCUGGCGUAGCGGUCCCAUCACUUCCUGGUCUGGACCAGGUCCUGGAGAGCUCAUAAGGGCAGCCCUCAUCCUCGGUCUCAGCCUCGGCAUCCUUUGCGCGAACCUGCUCGUCAUAUGUGUCAUCAACAGCCGGAGGUACAGCAAGUACAUUCAUGCUCAGCCGAGGUACCUGCUCACGAGUUUGGCAAGCAACGACCUUGCCAUCGGGCUCCUUGUCACACCCUUUGGAUUUUUACCAGCCGUCUACGGAUGCUGGCCCUACGGUGAAGUCACUUGUCAAAUACAGGCACUUUUGAGGGGAGCCUUGACACAGCAAAGCGCGGUAAUCUUGGUGUGCAUGGCGAUCGACCGUUACAUGUGCAUGCUGCAUCCUCAUCACUAUCACAGGCACUCGUCAAAGAAGUAUUACAUGCGGCAGGGUUGCGUUGCAGUGAUGUCGACGACCUGGAUAGCCAGCGUUGCGGUCUUCGGUGCCCUCGUUCUUCCCAGAGGAGGCUACUACUUCAACGGCUCCGGUCUUCUCGCCUGCGAUCCAUUUUUCGCCAGGGCAUCCCUUAGGAUACUGGCCUGCUGUUGUUUCUACUUUCCGACGACGAUGGUACUGAUGUAUUGUUACGGUUCGGCUUUUCACGUCAACAAGCUGCGACUGAAGAGGGUCGUCUGCGUAAACGCACCGGAAGUCGUCAGCGGCGGUCACAUCGAAAGGCUGGUAGCUCACGAAAGACGAUUGUCUACCUCGGCUUCUCGGACAAUGGCCGCGAUGAGUUUGGGUUUCAUUGUGAUGGUUACUCCGUGGACAAUCCAGGAAGUGGUGGCUGCUUGUACAGGAAGCAAACCGCCUCCCUUCCUAGAUUUCCUGGCCACAUGGCUCGCCCUGUCCAACAGCUUCUGGAACCCCUUUCUCUACUGGCUGUUGAAUAACCACUUCCGGCGCAUCUCCAAGGAGCUUCUAUACACUAAGAUUUUAUGCAGACCAAAACCUCUCGGACCGAAGCAACACUGUUGCGCAACAAGUACAGGGGGAUUGGAUAUCUGCAGUAUCGGUGGCUUAGAUCUGUCUGGCAUAGAACGAUGCUCCAUGGAGAGGUGUUCAAUGGGACGAUGUUCCUCCCUCUCUUUGGCGACGACGCCGCCGCCUCUUCCUUGGGAAACGGGACCGUCUUGCGUCGGCGUCGGCGUCGGCGUCGGAGUCGGCGUCGCUGGUGGAAGAGAAAGCCCGACGUGAGUGCGGAGUGUCGCCACGCAGACGGAGGACGAGCCAUCCUCUCCUGAUCACUGCAGUUAGUACUGCGUGGCGGCGCGACUUAUCGAUAAUUACUGCACUCGCCAUCCUCAUCCUCAUCCUCAUCCUCAUCGCGGUCAUCCUCACCUUCGUCUUCGCCGCUGCUGGAUCGAAAACUUGCCCGACUUGCUCACACGGAAUAGUAAUCUUAAUUCAUUUUUGCCGGUAGUUGGAAGAG